AUGGCUGGUAGAGGUAGGCCUGCUAGUGCUACUAAUGAGAUUUUGGCCCGCAUGGUGCAAGUCCUAGAGAACUUGGUGCAAAAUACGGAGCCAGCAGAGUAUCGUGGAAUCUCUUCGUUCAUAAAGCAUAAGCCUCCAAAGUUCGAAGGAAAAUUUGGUCUAGAAGGUGUGCAGAGAUGGAUAGCAGAUAUAAAGAAGAUGUUCAAUACGGUGGGAUGUCACGAGGAGUACAAGGUGGUUAAUGCCACCUAUAUGCUGGGAGGUGAAGCAGAGGAUUGGUGGAGGUUCGCCAGUCAAACUCUGCCACAAGAAGAAGGGUACAUCAAUUGGGAAGCUUUUAAGGCAUGUUUCUUAGGGAAUUACUUCCCUAGAGAUUUGAAGAAACAAAAGGUACAGGAAUUCCUUGAGCUGAAGCAAGGAAAUAUGUCUAUGGGAGAAUAUGUUGCAAAAUUCCAUAAGCUCAUGAAGUAUUGGCCUCAUUUCCAGUACGAGGAUGGAGAUGAAGAUUUAUGUGCCCAGUUUGAGAAUGGGUUGAGGCCAGAGAUUCGGGCAACAGUUAGUGUCUUCCAAUUGACUGACCUAGCAACAUUGGUCAACAAAUGCUGA